AUUUCUGAUCACGAGUCGAUCACCUACAAAUAGACCGCUCAGCGUCGGGAAUCGGGAAAUGGGCAACGCGCACACCCGGAGUUCACAAGAACUGUCAUUUCUAUAAUAAAGGAGUCUCCCCAAUGGCACCAUCCUUAUAACACUCUCAGAAGCUUUGUCAAUAUUGACGCUCGAACUGUAUUCCCAAUGUCCGACCAACCACCAUCCCUAGCAACCACGCCCUCCGUCUGGGAUGAACAACCCGUCAUCCCUCCAGACCCCUCUCCUCAACUCCGGACUGUACUCAGUUUUAUUCAGGGUCUACAGGAGUCAAACUUUCCUCUCGUUAAAACGAUGAUGACCGAAGAUUUCACAAUGUCUAUUCUACCUCAGUCGCUAGGCAUUCCUAUUCGACCGCGGGACGAAUGGCUUGAAACAUGUGAACGUGCAUCGCUACUAUGGCCCAAGUCGUUUCGGCUAGACAUCUUGGAUAUAAAUGAGUCUCCGGGCAAGCUUUGGCUACAUGGCAUUGCUACAGCACGCGCCAAGAUGGGAAAGGCGUACGAGAACGAGUACAUGAUCAUGUUCCGAUUGACAGACGGGAAGGAGACAGAUGGCGAAUCCAAAAUCUCGGAAAUGAAGGAGUUUAUGGAUAGUCUCUAUACCUCGAACUUCGCAGCGGAAGUGGGCAAGAGUCUAUCACAAAUCAAAUAACGAUGUAUAAUCCCGGGAUCGGACCCUUCUUGUCUCUUCAUAUCGGCACAUAUGGAUUCCAGGUGACGAGAUAUGUAUUUUACG